AUGUCGAGCUCUGAAAAGGUACACGAUGAUUUCAUCUCAGAUGGUGUGAAAAGCUCCAACUCGAACUUACCGGAAGUUGAGAAAGCCAAGACUCUCGAUACUGUUCACAAUGAUGAAGCAAUCAAGGUACUGGCCAACUAUAAUGGAGAUGAGACAUGGACGGAUGAGGAGGAAAAAAAGCUUGUUCGUCGAGUUGACUGGCGCUUGAUGCCUAUUUUAUGCGUGACCUAUGGGUUACAGUAUUAUGAUAAAGCGAUGUUCUCACAAGCAGCACUUUUCGGCCUUCGGUCGGAUUUGGAACUAGAUAUUGGAAAUCGCUAUUCUUUCUCUGCCGCGAUCCUCUAUCUGGGGUUCAUUGUUGGGACAUAUCCUGCGGUGAUGCUGGCCCAGAGAUUCCCAAUUGAGCGCGUUGCCUCGAUCAUCAUUACACUCUGGGGCACCUGCUUGAUUUUGACUCCAGUUUGCUUCAACUAUCAGGCAUUAUAUACCCAGAGAUUUUUUUUGGGCAUGCUGGAGAGUGGUAUAAGCCCCAUGUUUAUGCUUAUUGUGGGUGGCUGGUACAAAAAGAAUGAGCAAGCGCUACGUAUGGGAAUAUGGUACAGCUGUACCGGCUAUGUCUCCAUCUUCUCCCCCUUAAUAAACUACGGCCUUGGCCACAUUACUGGCUCGCUAUCGCCAUGGAAGUACAUGUAUCUUGUUGCAGGAGCCGUCACCAUUAUAUGGGGGAUUGUUCUAGUCUUUCUUCUUCCCUCAGAUCCAAUUCGCGCUCGUGGUUUUAGCGAGCGUCAACGGUAUAUUGCUGUCGCUCGUUUGCGAAUGAACAACUCUGGCGUGCGCAAUACGCACUACAAGAAGGGUCAAGUGUACGAACUUCUUGGAGAUCUCAAAUUCUGGCUUAUCUUUCUCACUGCUUUCCUGAGCAUGAUCGCUAAUGGGCCCAUUUCCACUUUCAUCCCUAUCAUUAUUAACUCCUUUGGAUUCAACACUCUCAAUUCCCUGCUGCUGGUCAUGCCGCAGGGUUUCCUCGGCGGAACAUAUCAGCUCGUUGGACCAUAUCUAGCGUAUCGCUAUUCUGAGAAAGGCAUUCGCUCCUGGAUUGUCUUCACGGCACAGAUGAUAACAACCCUGGCUGCCAUAAUGCUUGUUGCUUUGCCUCUUGAUGCAACAGGCGGCUUGCUCUUCGCAUGCUACAUUCUUCCUGCUAUCGGAGGCGGAUACGCAGUUCUCAUGGGACUACAGAUAGCCAACAUUGCUGGUUACACAAAGCGUUCGAUUGCUUCAUCCGGUCUAUAUAUUGGGUAUUGUCUUGAAAUGGAUUCUCAUCAGGAAAAAAAUCCAGGAAACUUCACGGGCCCGCUGGUGUAUGAAGAGAAUGAUGCACCUCGAUAUGUACCGGGCUUUAUUACUGUAGUCGUGACAUCAUUCGCAGCGGGGAUCACGGUCUUGAUCUACAGAUUUGUCUGCGUGUGGGAGAAUCGGAAGCGCGACGAAUCAGGAAUAUCCGAGGGGUAUGAGCAUGCAUAUCAAGAUGACAUGACUGAUAAGACG